CCGCCGUGCCCUCAGCGCGCCCCGCGGCGCUGGGCGCGGCCGUCGCCCCGCGCUGGCUCCUCUUUGCCCGUAUCCAGGGACGCGGCCCCGUCGCUGAGGCCCGGCCAUGGUGCGGCUGCACGUGAAGCGCGGCGGCGAGAGCCAGUUCCUGCUGGAGGCGCCGGGCAGCUCCCGCCUGGCCGAGCUGGCGGCCCUCGCCGCCCGCAUCCACAACGGGCGGCUGAAGGUGCAGCGCCUGUGCUCAGAGAUGGAGGAGCUGGCAGAGCAUGGAAUUUCCUUGCCUUACAAUAUGCAAGGACUGACAGAUGAGCAGAUUGGAGAGCUGAAGUUGAAGGAUGAGUGGGCAGAGAAGUGUGUCCCGAGCGGUGGGAGCGUCUUCAGGAAGGAUGAACUGGGACGGAGAAACGGGCACGCUCCAAAUGAAAAAAUGCAGCAGGUUAUAAAGAAGACAAUAGAGGAAGCCAAGGCAUUAAUCUCUAAGAAACAAGUUCAGGCCAACGUGUGUAUGAACAUGGAGAUGGUGAAAGAUGCAUUGGAGCAGCUCCGAGGGGCUGUGAUGAUUGUGUAUCCAAUGGGAUUGCCUCCACACGAUCCAAUUAGGAUGGAGUUUGAAGAUAAAGAAGACUUGUCAGGAACUCACGCUGGACUAGAAGUUAUAAAAGAAUCAGAAGCACAGUUAUGGUGGGCAGGAAAGGAGCUGCAAGAAACAAAGUUGCUGUCUGACUAUGUAGGAAAAAAUGAGAAAACAACCAUCAUUGUCAAGAUCCAAAAAAAAGGACAAGGAGCUCCAGGGCGUGAGCCUGUGAUUAGUCAUGAAGAGCAAAAAGAGAUGAUGCUGUAUUACUACAGAAAGCAGGAGGAGCUGAAGAAACUGGAGGAGGAUGACAACGACUCAUUUCUAAAUGCUGAGUGGGCAGACAACCAAGCUUUGAAAAGGCAAUUUCAUGGUGUAAAAGACAUCAAAUGGGGUCCAAGAUGAAGCCCUGCAAACCCCUUCUUAAGCUGUUCGUUGUUUGCAGUGAGGAUUGUAUGCGGUAGGUUCUUCUUUCAGAAGCUGAAAUUGUCACUUCUGUAGCCUCGGGUGUUCAAUAAAAGUUGACAUUUCCCUGCAACUCCAGCAGCAUUUGUCUCUGCAAAGAAUUGAACCAAUUCUCUUGAAGUUUCAUAUUUUAUUAGAAACUUGUAAUUUGAAUAUUGAAAUGCUAAUCCAUUUCCUAGAUAACAGAUCUAGUAAAUAUGCACUGGAAUGUU